AGGCAGUAGGAGGUCUCUGCUCCUGAACCACGUCACUCUCUGCAGGGUAUAAAGCAGCAGUAGUGAGUGAGUGUGUGAAUGAGUGAGUGAGUGUGUGUACCUGGUGGAACUGAAGCACCAUGUCACGCCUGUUGAUCCCGGUGCUGCUGUGUGGAGUGAGUGUGUGCGUGUGCGCCUCUGAGCAGAGGGACUACGGGGUGAAGCUGUGCGGCAGAGAGUUCAUCCGGGCCGUCAUCUUUACCUGCGGGGGGUCACGCUGGAGACGCUCCGUCCACCCUGUCCCACCCAACAACCCAAACCUGCCGGUUUCCUAUCAGAGCUCGUGGGACAGCGACGACAAUCCCGGCUGGUUACGACCCAACAGAGCGGCACCAUCUGAACAAUCAUCCUCCUCCACCUUCUCUCUGAGCGACCUUCUGCAGGUCAUGGGGGAGCAGACCAACCCCAAAGACGAGUUCAGUCCACACGAGAAAGCACAGAGAAGCCGGACGGGCUCGACCUUCUCCUCCUGGUCACCGGGGCUCGAUCGAUCGAGGAGUUUAGAUCAGGACCGCAGGAGGCGCAGCUUCUCGCACGGCCUGGCCGGAGUGUGCUGCAAUCAGGGCUGCACCAAAAACGACAUCGGGCGCCUCUGCUGAGGAACGGUGGCGUCGUGGCGGGGAUGGGGGUGCAGUCUGGGACUUUUUACACAUUUCAGAGGGAAGGACGGCACCACAUCGCUGAGCUGAUCUGUAAAUAUUGUAUUUUGUGAACGUGUGUGUGUGUAAAAACACAGAAUAACUAAUAAAUAAACGUUAUUGUGAAAUAUG